AUGAGAUAUUUUGGUCUGGCCAGUGAGGGCGUGUUGGCCCCGGGGGGUCCUGUAUUAAAGCACUGCAACAAGGGGGCCUGCAGUGAAGUCCCCGCUGGAAGGGAAGAGUUGGAAGAAGAUCCUCAUCCUGCAAUCCAUGAACCCCAGGUACGGGUGAUAGAGUACGUGGUGUGGGGCCCCAUAGCGCUGAGAGCCGGUGAGAUAGAGAGCGAGCUGAUCAAAGCCAAUAUUGGAAUGGGACAGCAGCCAAUCACCUUUCUUUGGAAGGUUAUUGCACUCUGUACCUACCCAGAACUGAUGGAUGAUCCUAGUUUCCCACUUGAUGCCAAACUCCGAGCAAGUAAGAUCCUACAACUAUGCGGCGGGCAGAGCCUGGGCUCUUACAGUUCCUGCCAAGGAGUGAGCUGUAUCCGAGAAAACAUUGCUCAGUACAUUAUGCAGCGGGAUCAAGAUAAUAUUUAUCUAACCACUGGUGGCAUCGCAAGUAUCCUGAAAAUCCUUGUGUCUAGAGAGGAGAAAUUCCGGACCGGAAUCAUGGUCCCUAUUCCGCAGUAUCCCUUGAAUUCGGCUGCCACAUCUGAAUUGGACGCUAUCCAGGUGACGAGGAGAACUGCUGGGCGCUGGAUGUGA